AUGGGGCAAAAGUGGUCCGGAAAAUUGGCGAAUUUGCAACCCCAAAACAACAAAAUAGAAAUAGGCGAGAUUUGGACUCCCAUCACAAUGGGGAACCUAUUGGAAAAAUUCAAGAAAAUUAAGGUCGAUACGGCAGCCGGUAUCGACCAAAUAAAGAAGCUCCACCUGAGAAAAAAAGGAGCGCUGCAUGUCUUUGCCAAACUGUGUAAUCUCCUCAUGCUGCACCGAAUAUACCCAGCACAGUGGAAAAUAAACCGAACCACGCUUAUUCCCAAACCGGGAAAGAGCGCGGAAGAGGUUGAGAACUGGAGACCAAUCACCAUCGGGUCUCUGCUGGGAAGAAUAUAUUCGGCAAUGAUCGACCGGAAACUACGGUCCAAAAUUAAGCAGCACCCAAGACAAAAGGGGUUUACACAGGAGGAUGGCUGUAAAAACAAUAUAGCCAUCCUCAGCAGCGCUCUUGCUAAAAUGAAAGAGGAAUCAGGUGGAGUAAUAACAAUUAUUGAUAUAUCAAAAGCGUUUGAUACGGUUCCCCAUGAAGCAAUCAGCAAAGGGCUGGAAACGAAAGGAGUGCCAAGUCUCGUCAGCAAAUAUGUGCAAGACAUGUACAGGGGUUGCAAAACAGUUAUUCAUUACGAUAUUGUCCUCUUGGCGAAGGACAGAGAAACAGCCGAAAAACAAAAUCGGCUGUUGUACGAACACCUAAAAGAAUUGAACAUGAAAGUAUCCGCCGAAAAAUGUGGCACAUUCCACAUCCAACACAAAUUGAAGACGUGGUUCCUCAAAGAUCCGCAACUGACGUUGGGUCAGCAGAGUAUACCAUAUGCUGACCCAGAAAAAGCAAUAAAGUACAUACACAAAUUGGUGGCGAAUCCUCCUCCGUUGGGCACGCUAGACCAAAUCGAUCAUGAAAUAAAGCAAAUAAUAAAACAAAUACUGCACCUCCAUCCGUCCACAACGGACGGAGUAAUAUACAGUGACAAGAGCCAUGGAGGUCUAGGUGUCCAACGAGUGGCCAACAUAGUAAAGUUGGCCAAACUGAGGAACAGUAUUCGAAUGACAAGAUCGCAGGAUAUCGCCACCAAAACAGCAUUCGAGAGGCAAGAGGAGAUUACAAAGAAAUACGCUGCGUCGGUGGGCCUAUCUUGGCCAUGCGAGAUAGAAGAGAUCGAGGCUACACGAAAGAAAUUGAAAAGGGCGGAUACCAGCAGAUGGAAGUCCUUCGCCUCGCAAGGACAAGGAAUAAACGAAUUCUUCGGGGAUAGAGUUGGAAAUGCCUGGCUCUAUAACCCCGAAUUACUGAAGCCGUCCCGAUACCUGGACGCAUUAAAAUUAAGAACAAAUACAUGUGGAACCAGAAUAGCACUCCGGAGGACUAAAAGAGACAUGGAUGUGAACUGCCGGAGGUGCGGCGUCCAGGUUGAAACCCUAGGACAUAUUCUGGGACUGUGUACGCAUACAAAAAGCAAAAGAAUAAAAAGACACAAUGAGAUAUGCGAGCUCAUUGCGGACAAUGUAUCGAAAAAGUUCGCGAUAUUCAGGGAGCCGGAGUUGGAAAUCGACGGUGACAGGCGUAAGCCGGAUAUGGUCAUAAAAGACCAUGAAAAGGUUUACGUCGUUGAUGUCACCGUUCGAUACGAAAACAACGACUCCCUGAGAAAAGCAUAUAAAGAAAAAUAUAAAAAAUACGAAAAGACAGCCGAAACUCUUAAGCAGAGGUUUAAAGCCAAAGAGAGCCGCGUUAUACCAGUGGUCAUCGGGUGCAGAGGGGCAGUGCCCCGGGCCACUGUGGAAAGUCUCAGAAUCCUAGGGCUUCAAACGAAACAUGCCCUGACGGCUUCACUAAUUGCCCUCCGAUCGUCGAUUGAAAUAACAAACGAAUUUUUGGACUACGAUCACAUACCGUGA